GACAUGAGGCAGCAGCUGCUCAAGCUGCUCAUCAGCGGCAGCCUCCACAGCGGCAUCUUCGAGUCCGCCCUGUCGUACAUCGAAGAGUACGGCAGCGUCCGGGCGCCGCCCUGUACGGCAGACGUCGCCGUACCGCCAGCGCGGCUGCCUCUAGAUGUGUUGCUACUGGGGUUGCAGGCGCACAUGGGGCUUGGGCGGGCGGCGGAGGCGGCGGCGGUGCUGGUGCGGGACAUGGAGCCGCAGCCGGGCUGCUCGCCGGCGGUAGUCAAGGCUGCCCUCUCCAACCUGCUCCCUGCCCCCCUGGAGCAGCUCUCCUCAGCCCUGCCCGCCAUCACCGCCUGCCUGCUGGCCUGUCUGGCUCGGUGCAGGCGGGCGGAGGAGGCGGGCAGCAGGGCGGCUGCGGCUGCGGCUGCAUGGCCGCCCACUGCGGGCGCUGAGCUGGUGCUGAUGGUGGCCACGGCGGUGGCCUCACACGAGGGCCCCACCGCCGAGGGCCAUCUUCUCAACCUUCUCGCCCACGAUGACGUCGUCGCAGCCAUCUGCCACGCCACCGACCCACGGGACCGUCUGCACCGCCUGCUCUACGCACGCGCCACAGCCGCCUACCACCAAGCCGACCACGCCUCCUCCGCGCGCCUCUUCGCGGCUGCCCUGCUGUACGCUUCCGGCGGCGGCGGCGCUCCGUACUGCCGUACGGCACGCAUGCUUAGCAACUGCUAUGCAGCCAUGGGUCAGCCCCGUCGUGCGUUGGGCUAUCUAGACCUCGCAGCGGCUCAUGAGCCGCAUACCGUGACGCAUCUGCUGCUAAGGCUGCGGCUGCUGCUGUCGUUGCAGGAAGCUGCUGAGCAGGGACAUGCAGCAGGGACGCAGGCAGCGGUGUCUCUUGCGCUUGGCGUGGGUGGUGCGGCUGGCAGGGGCAUGGAG